ACCGCGUCACUGAACUCAUCACUUUUACUCACUUUCCCGAUUUUUCUCUCAUUGCUUCGAGAGCGUUGGGCUCUUUCUUUUUUUUUUUUUUUUUACGGGUAAAAGUAAAACCCUUCAUAUCUUCCCUCCCAGGAAAACUGGAAAACCGAAAUCACGGUAUCUCUGCCGCUGCUUUUAAUAUUUGAAGAAUCUCGGAAGGUAGAAUCCUCGAACGCUCGCUUAGAAGGUCAUUAAUUGAGGAUAUACCUAGAAGAAAAAGAAGUUGGAGGGGGGAAGAAUAAUCAAUUCCCUCUAUUAGAUAGACGAUGGCAUCUUCGGAUGAUGAGGAUGAAGUUGUUCCACAGUCGGUUGCCAAUUACCAUUUUGUGGAUGCCAAGGAUGAGCCCAUAUCAUUUUCGGUUUUGCCUAUUCAAUGGGACAAGGAUGAGAGUGCGGAUGAUAUCAAACAACAUAUAUUCUUGCAUGGAACUGCGGAUGGACUCCAGAAAAUCUAUAAGCAAGUCACAGCAUGGAAGUUUGAUCUAUCGCAUGGGCAACCUGAGAUUUCUGUGCUCACCAAGGAACGUAAUUGGAUAAAGCUUCAAAAGCCAAGGAAGAGCUUUGAGGACACAAUCAGGACAACCAUGAUCACUGUUCAUUGCCUUCACUAUGUGAGGAAAAAUCCGGAGGCAUCAGGAAAAUCUGUCUGGGAACACUUGUGUAAAGUUUUCAUCUCAUAUGAUCUUAGACCUUCUGAGAAUGAUCUCUUGGAUCAAGUGCCUUUAAUAAGUGUAGCUAGCCAAAGAGAUGAAGUGCUAGCGAAGUCCAAGUUUCUACUUGGAUUUCUUGAGGAGAAGCCCAGGAAGAAGACAGCAUUCAAUGAGCAGGAUUUCUUGGUUCCUUCAGACACAAAAAAUCCAUUUAUUGUUGAUGAUGAAGAAGAAUCUGAGGGUGAUCUUUUUGAUUCUGUUUGUGCAAUUUGUGAUAAUGGUGGUGAACUUUUGUGUUGUGAAGGAAGGUGCUUCAGGUCAUUCCAUGCAACCGUAGAAGCUGGUGCAGAAUCAGUCUGUGAAUCCCUCGGCUUUUCUAAUGAGCAAGUAGAUGCAAUUCAGAACUUUCGUUGUAAAAACUGUCAAUUUAAUAAGCACCAAUGCUUUGCUUGUGGGAAAUUGGGCUCUUCUGGCAAGUCUUCUGGUUCUGAGGUAUUUUGUUGUGCUAAUGCGACUUGUGGACAUUUUUAUCAUCCGGAAUGUGUUGCAAAACUACUCCAUAAAGGGAACAAAGCUGCUGCUGAGGAGCUGCAGGAAGUAAUAGCUUCAGGGAAAUCAUUUACAUGCCCCGUCCAUAAAUGUUUUGUCUGUAAGGAAAGAGAGAAUAAGGAUGACCCUGAAUUGCAGCUUGCAGUAUGUAGACGUUGUCCUACAUCAUACCACAGGAAAUGCUUGCCUAGGGAGAUUGCAUUUGAAGAUUCAGAGGAUGAUGACAUCAUACAAAGGGCAUGGGAGGAUCUCCUCCCAAAUCGUAUCUUGAUAUACUGCUUGAAGCAUGACAUUGAUGAAGAACUUGGAACUCCCAUAAGAAAUCACAUUAUAUUUCCUGAUGUUGAAGUGAAGAAGAAAAAACAUCCUUCAGAGUUGCAAUCAACCAAAGAAAAGUUUGUGGUGAAAAGGGGUUUGGUUCUUCAGGAUGCCACUAGAGAAGGAACUACAGUGAAAACACCAAAAGUUUCUGCAGUAAAAGAUCGUGACUCUUCCAAAAAAGGACAAGGAUUUGAUUUCUCAAAGAUUCCAAAAACGACUGAUGCCUCUAGAAAUACUUCAAAGGACAAUUUGAAGCCUGUUUCAAUGAAAUUAGACAGAUCCCAGACAGUAGAUGAAAGCAAGAUAUCUUCAGGAGAGGAGAAAUUAAAAUCAGUACUGAAUAAAGAGUUGAAACAUGUUAAGCCCAACCAACAGGACACACAAAAGGCAACCAAGUUUGGUGAGACUACGACUACUAAGCCUGUUUUGAAGAAAUCUGUCAGUUCACUGUUUUCAUUGGAUGCUGAAGCAGAAAAGAGAAUAUUGGAUUUAAUGAAAAGUUCUUCUUCUUCAAUAUCCUUGGAGAAGAUUAUGCAAAAACAUAAAGCACCUUCAACACAUGCAUACUCAUCCAGAAACAUUGUUGACAAGACCAUUACAAUGGGAAAGGUGGAGGGUUCUGUUGAGGCUGUUCGAACAGCUUUGCAGAAGCUAGAGGAAGGAUGCAGCUUGGAGGAUGUAAAAGAUGUUUGUGAACCAGAAAUCUUAGUUCAGAUAAUCAAGUGGAAGAACAAACUCAGAGUUUACCUUGCACCUUUUCUUUAUGGUAUGCGUUAUACAUCCUUUGGUCGCCAUUUUACAAAGGUGGACAAGCUUAAAGAGAUUGUCGACAAGCUCCACUGGUAUGUUCAAAAUGGUGACAUGAUUGUGGAUUUCUGCUGUGGAGCUAAUGAUUUCAGCUGCUUAAUGAAAGAAAAGCUUGAAGGAACUGGAAAGAGAUGCUCGUUUAAAAACUUUGAUGUUAUUCAACCGAAGAACGAUUUCAAUUUUGAGAGGAGAGAUUGGAUGACUGUCCGGCCAAGUGAAUUGCCCACAGGGUCUCAGUUGAUCAUGGGGCUCAAUCCCCCGUUUGGAGUUAAAGCAGCACUUGCAAACAAGUUCAUUGAUAAGGCUCUUGAGUUCAAACCAAAGCUUCUCGUUCUUAUUGUUCCACCAGAAACAGAAAGGCCGGGCAAAAAGAGGACACCAUAUGAUUUGAUUUGGGAGGAUGUUGAGAAACUUUCUGGCAAGUCUUUCUACCUACCUGGAUCUAUCGAUGUGAAUUACAAGCAAAUAGAUCAAUGGAACACUACAACUCCAGUUCUUUAUCUUUGGAGCCGCCCUGAUUGGACAUCCAAGCACAUGAACAUUGCCGAAAAGCAUGGUCACACAUCCACAAAACAGAGAGAAUUACAUAUGGAUGAGAACCAUGAUGAAUCACAGGUUUCAGAGCAUCCAAAGGAGAAGAAUCACGACUACUACAAUGAUAUUUCAAAGACAAAUAAUGAAGUUAAUGGUAUCUCUAGAGAAAUAAAUGAUGUUGCUGAACAAAAUGCUGAAACGGAGGAUGAAGAAACUAGAACAGUUAUUCCUCAAGAGAUGAGGGGAAGCUCCCCUGUUGAAUGUAACAUUGGAGCCAACCAAGAUUUGUGCGACGAUUCUGAGACAGAAAGCCGCAAGCAUCAUGGGCGUAGGAAGAAACGGUCCCGAGAGAGUCCAAAGGAGAGGCGGGAUCUUGGUAAGAAAUCAAAGGUUAAGAUUGAUACAUCACCUGAGAGGAAGUAUGAUGAAGGUAGGCCUCAUACAAGCAAGGCAUACAAGGAAACAUCUGAGAUGGGUAGUCCUCAGGGUAAGAGAACAGAUCCUAGAAACUCGGAGGAAGGUCAGCCCUCUGAAACCCUUGAGAUUUCUCCAGAGAGGGUAGCCAAUGAAGAAGGCUCCAGGCACUUCCAAACUACCCUUCCUGUAUCCACUCCAGAGUUUGGUGUAGGAUACAGGGGAACUCCAACUAGUAUUCCUGAUGUAGAUAUUGAGGAAAUAGAAAGAAGGUACAGUUCAAACAGAGGUGACCCAUUUGUAGGUGGAAACCAUAAUUGGAUGGCUGGAUCUAAUCUUGGUCAAGAGGUCAGGGGUUUGGGUGAACAAUUUCCUGGGCGCAUUCAGGAUAACAUGGAGGCUUUAAGUCAUAAACCUUACUUCGAUGAGUUGGAAGAGAAGUACAGGAGAGAAGAUGUCAGGAUGCAGCUCCAUUAUGGGCGACAAGAUUUUGAUAGUUUGUCUCACAGAAGCAGCUAUCUGGGUGGUCAAGAUUCUAUGCUAGGUGGAAUAGGUUCACUUUCUUCAGCUCCAUAUGGCAUCAUGGGUGCAUCGGGUGAGUCGUCCUACCAAAGAAUGAACCUGCCAGCAACACAGCGGUAUAUGCCCCGCCUUGAUGAGUUGAAUCAUACAAGAAUUGGUAAUUUUGGGCCUGAGAUUCCUCUGGUGGGUAGAAGUGGUGUAUAUGAUCUGCCGGGAUCCAGGCCCAGUUUCCGUGCUGACUCAUUAGGCUUUGCUCCUGGUCCACAGCACCCUUUCUCUCAUCACAAUUCAUCUGGUUGGCUCAACGAGUGAAAGCUUUUUUGCGAAAUCAAUGAUUGAUACAACUCGCAAUGUAGGUAAGAGUUUGUUGAAAUUGGAAAGAAAAUGUAUGCCAUCAUUUCAGCCUUGCCAUUUUCAUAAUUACCAUCGUCAAGGAGGUAUGCCGUAUGCUAGUUACUUCACAGCAACCAUCAUUUUUAGGCCUGUUAUCAACAGCCAUUUUGCAUGAUAUAGGCGUGAUGUGUUAUUUAUGGGGAUUUAGGCAAGGGAACAUUACUCCUGAACAUCUACCGAGCAUAUGUAUCCAUCUAUCUAACAUGUUUUGUGAUAUUAUCGAAAGUUACAUUUCUUAUUCUUCCGUUUC